AUGGCCAAAGAUAAUAAAUCGAAAGGUAACCAAGAUGGCGGAAGGAAUUCCCCGACGGAUUUGCAAGAGAUUCAACUGCAGAUGAAUGCAACUACGGACGAGUCACUUGAAAGCACACGACGCAUGCUGGCUCUCUGUGAGGAGAGUAAAGACGCAGGCAUAAGGACACUUGUUAUGUUGGAUGAGCAAGGAGAGCAACUGGACCGCAUAGAAGAGGGCAUGGACCAGAUCAACCAGGAUAUGCGCGACGCUGAGAAGAAUUUGGAGGGGAUGGAGAAGUGCUGUGGUCUCUGUGUGCUGCCCUGGAAACGAACAAAGAACUUUGACAAAGGAGCCGAGUGGAACAAAGACGACCAAGGAAAAGUGAACACGGAUGGACCCCGCGUUGUCGUCGGAGAUGGCAAUAUGGGACCAAGUGGCGGAUUCAUUACUAAAAUCACCAACGAUGCCCGAGAGGAAGAGAUGGAGCAGAACAUGGGCGAGGUGAGUAACAUGAUCAGCAACCUCAGAAACAUGGCAGUCGACAUGGGCAAUGAAAUAGACUCGCAGAAUCGCCAGAUUGAUAUCAUCAAUCAGAAGACAACAUCGAACCAGUUGCGUAUAACGGACGCUAACAAGAGAGCCAGCAAGUUGCUGAAGGACUGA